AUGUAUGAAGUAGAAGAGAUGACAGCACUCAGAUUUUCUACUUCACGGUCUUGUAAUUCAUCGUCUUUUAAUUUGAUGUGUAGUCUUUGCACGGGGAGUAGAGGUGGUGCCACUUUUUUGCAGACACGAAACCCAACGUCCUUGUGCUUACGCAAAAAAACCAGACUCGGGCGAGGGCGUGCUUUUGUUUUUACGGAUAUUGUUAUUAGACACCACAGGGGAGAGCAGCAGCAGCACCACCAAUUCCUCCAUCAGACUACCACUCUCGAAGAACGAGCGCGAGCGGCUGACCUGGCAGCUAACUUCCCUUCGAGUCUUGUUCGCAUCUGGCAUCAUCUACUUUCUACUCUUGCUGCUGUGCUACGCCGUCGCCGUGGGACAAAGAGAAAGGCAAAAAGACGAGCGGACCACGAGGAAAACUACUAG